UAUUUUUCUGUACAAAAGAGAAGGGGAAGGGCAGCAUCGUAAAUAAAAAGGAGAAAUGGCUACUUCUUCCUUCAUCGUCGGCGACUACGAGAUCAAAUCGAGGAUCGGAGGCGAAGGACCUUUCUCAAUAGUAUGGAGAGCGAUCAACCGAUCCAACGGCCAGGAUGUCGUCUUGAAGCAAGUGCGCCUCUCUGGGCUUACAAGAAAAUUGAGGGAGUGUCUGGACUGCGAGCUAAAUUUCCUCGCCAAAGUCCGUCAUCCCAACAUCAUCCGCCUCCUCGACGUUAUUCAGGCCGAUGGAUGCGUGUUCCUGGUUCUGGAGUUCUGCGCUGGCGGAGACUUGGCCGCUUAUGUUCGACGCAGAGAGAGAUUGCGAGAAGCAGUUGUACGAAAGUUUAUGAUGCAGAUAGGAGAGGGAUUGGAGGUGCUACAUGCUCACCGUAUCAUUCAUCGCGAUCUCAAACCUGAGCAGAAUAUUCUACUAUCUACUGCCAGCAGCGAUGCAGUACUAAAGAUAUCUGAUUUUGGCUUAGCCAGAGUUGUUCAGCCCGGUGAAUUUGCAGACAUGGUUUGUGGAUCGCCCUUGUAUAUGGCUCCAGAAGUUUUACAGUUUGGAAAGUACGAUGACAAGGCAGAUAUGUGGAGCGUGGGAGCCAUUUGUUUUGAGCUUCUGAAUGGAUAUCCACCAUUUCACGGAAAGAACAAUGUUCAGCUUCUGCAAAACAUAAAGAAGAGUGUGCCUUUGCCUUUUUUGCAACAAAUCUUACCCAGUUUGCAUUCUGACUCGGUUGAUAUGUGCACAAAACUUUUGUGCGAGGAUCCAGGUUUGCCAACGUAUCGGUUGUCCUUUGAUGAGUUCUAUUGUCAUAAAUUCUUCAGAAGAUGACUAUGGCGUUCAUAGGCCCUCCAUCAUUUGUGUACUUAUGUUUGCUGAUGUUCAAGAUGUCAGUAUUGUAUAUCGUUUCUUUAAUCGAAUGAGAGUUCGAUAAUUGUUGUUUAUUGUUUCCAUUUCCUUUGAUUAUCAAAUGUGGUUUAACUAGUUAUUAUAGCUCCCCUGAUUUGCGCUUAUGUA